GAAGAAAAAAUUAGAAAAGAAACUAAAGAAGAAACUGAAGAAGAAACUGAUGGAGAAACUGAAAAGAAGAAUGAGGAAAAAGCCAAUAGUCAUAUUAAUAGACCAAAUAUUGCCAAAAUUAUUAAUUUGUAUUUUGAAUCCUAG